CUUCACUUAUUAAUAGUAGAACGGAUCCGAUAGUAGAAUUACUCUGACAGCUCCUCUACACAAAUCGUUCUCAUACCACUUCAAAAAUAAAAAUAAAAAUGAAUAAUCAAAUGGAUGAGGCGUCGGAAUACGGUUGCUUUGUCGGUGGGCUGGCCUCGGCUACAGGUGAAACUAGCUUAGCUGAGUCUUUCUCUACCUACGGCGAAGUAGCCGAUGCACAGAUCAUCAGAGACAGAAACACCGGUGGAUCUAAGGGGUUUGGUUACGUCGCAUAUAAGGACGAAAUCUCAAUGGAGAACGCGGUUGAAGGAAUGAACGGCCGUGAAAUUGCGGGCAGCAAAAUCACCGUCUACCCUGCUUAUGGCGGCGCCGGUGGUGGUGCGCCUGAGGAUGAUGCUGCUCAUGGCAGUGCCGGUAGAGGGGCGCUUGCGGAUGUUGCUGCAGUUGGCGGUACUGGUGGAGGGGUGCUUGAGGGUGUUGCUGUUCAUGGCGGCGCCGGUGGAGUUGGAGGAGGCGAUGGCUUGUUUGCUGGAGCUCGCCGUGGCUUCUCUGUUGGUAUUCAGAGGACUGAUGAAGGCGAUGAUGAUGUUGUUGGGCUUGGUGCUGUGUUGCAGUACCGCGGCAUUAAAGUCCAUGCUGUGUAUUUGGCUUAGGGUUUAACUGUUGGUGCUGUGCAGUGCUUAUGUCUUGUCUUGUCUUUCUUUCUCUCCUCUCUUGAGCCGAGGGUCUUUCGGAAACAGCCGCCCUACCUUUCAAGGUGGGGUUAGGUCUGCGUACUCUCUACCCUCCCCAGACCCCACAUAGUGGGAUUAUACUGGCUUUGUUGUUGUUGUUGUUCUAAUUUGUUUAGAGGGGUUUGGGUUAAGUUUUUUCGGUUUGUAUUUUAUGAAGUGUUUUGUUAAAUGUUUCUGUAUAUUUCGCCCUCAUCUUUUUGCUAGAAAUCUCUGUUUGCAAACAAUGGAGGUUAUAACAGUUUGAGGAUAAGGUGCACAAUCUGCAAAAUUUAGUAGAAAUGGAUUAUUUGCUUUAUGUA